AUGGGGCCCUACCCACGUUCACCGUGGGGUAAACGGUUCCUCGUGGUAGCCACGGACAUGUUCACCCGCUGGACCGAGGCCUACCCCUGCGGCAACGUGAGGGCCACCACUAUCAUUGAAGUCGUGACCCGCGAAUUCAUGGCCAGGUUCGGCUACCUGGAGUCCAUUUUGACUGACAACGGCAGCCAGUUUCUGGGGGCCCGAUGGAAGGACUGGUGCCAGGAGGCCCACAUGGAACACCACACCACACCUGCUUACCACCCACGGUCAAACCCCACCGAGCGCCGCAACCAGGAGUUGAAGGUCCAACUGCGCCUGCGGCUGGGCGAUGACCAUACUCAGUGGGAUCUCCACGUCGCCGAUGCCCUAUUCUGUGUCCGCCGAAGAGUAAAUGCGGCCACCGGGAGGACCCCGGCCGAGAUGGUCCAGGGCCGCAACCUUCCGCUGCCGGGGGAGCUGGCCGUCCAUGCCAGGCAGAAUGCAGAGGAGAUAGCGACCAGCGACGCUCGGACGACCACGAGGCGGCGCGCACGCGACAGGCUCACUACACUUAAGUCAUCACCCCCCAGACGACGAGGCCCCCAGCCCCCUUCCGGGCCGGUGACCAAGUGA